UGUUUUUAGCCCAAAAAAUGGUUAAAAAGAAAUUGAAAAGCGCCUCCACUCUCCCUCUCCGUCGAUUCUACAGAAAUUUUACAGAUUCUAAUCCUCGCCGCACUCUUCGUUCGCCGAUCAGAUUUCUCCAACUCCGUCUAGGGUUUGUGUUUGAUAUUCUCUCAUCGCCGCCGCCUCCUCCUUCUUCUGCGCCGGUGGUUCUUCUUCUUCUUCUUCUGUGUUUCUUUCUCGUCAGUGGAUGUGCCGCGAUUCAGGUGAGUAAAAGGCCCCUUUUCUUUUUGUUCCAUUUCUUCCGAUUCAAUAUGCAAAACGAACGAUUCAUGCCAUUUAUGAUUCAAAACCACGAUCUGAAUCGAUCGGCUUGCGAGAGGUCUUAGUUAAGCUUCAUCGAGUAGGGGAUUUUAACUUGGAAAGGACAGAGUUUCUCCUUUUGGUGUAGAUUUUGGUUUUGGGAAUUUAGUUAAGUAGCGAUGUCGGUCACGGCAGGGGUUAGUGAUACUGUAAUUGCUGUAAGGGAUAAGCUUAGAGGUAAAAUUGGACAAACGAAAGUUAAGAGGUAUUGGCCUGGAAAGGCUCCCGAGUGGGCGGAUGAUGCUGAUGAAGAUGGCGAUAUUAGGAUGGCCAGGGCGGCGGCCCUCGAGAAAGCAUUUCCUAGUCAGGAGGAUUCCGACAUUUCUAGGAAAGAUGACCCUAGGUUGCGGCGUUUAGCUGAGAGUAGGAUUGAUAAUCGGGAGGAGGUUAGAGCUGAUCAUCGGCGGAUUCGCCAAGCAGAAAUUGUCUCGACAAUUGAAGAGGAAACUCGGAGGCAGGAAGGAUUGGAUGCAGAGGAAGAGGAUGAGGAUGCCUUGGAGGAGAGAAGAAGAAGAAUCAAGGAAAAGUUGCGACAGAGGGAGCUAGAAGAAGCUGCAUUCCCUACCGAAGAAGAGGAAGAGGAACCGGAGGAAGAGGAAGAAGAGGAGUCUGAGUAUGAAACUGACUCAGAAGAUGAACCUGCCAGUAUCGCAAUGGUUAAGCCAAUCUUUGUUCCUAAGUCAGAGAGAGAAACUAUUGCAGAGCGAGAGCGUAUUGAAGAGGAGGAAAGGUCUCUUGAGGAACUGAGAAAAAGGAGAUUGGAGGAACGGAAGGUAGAGACCAAGCACAUUGUGGUUGAGGAGAUUAGAAAGGAUGAAGAGAUCCAGAAGAAUUUGGAAAUGGAGGCAAAUAUUGCAGAUGUGGAUACCGAUGACGAAAUUAACGAAGCAGAAGAAUACGAGGCUUGGAAGAUUAGGGAGAUUGCCAGGAUUAAGAGGGAUAGAGAAUUGCGAGAUGCAAUGUUGAAAGAGAGGGAGGAGAUUGAGAAGGUGAGAAAUAUGACAGAGGAAGAGCGGAGAGAAUGGGAGAGGAAGAACCCGAAAGCUGCUCCAACACCAAAACAGAAGUGGAAGUUCAUGCAGAAAUAUUACCACAAGGGAGCUUUCUUUCAGGAAGAUGCUGAUGACAAUGCUGGAACUGCUGGAAGUGAUUCUAUUUUCCAUCGCGAUUUCUCUUCCCCGACUGGAGAAGAUAAGAUGGACAAGACAAUAUUGCCAAAGGUCAUGCAGGUCAAGCACUUUGGUCGUAGUGGGAGAACGAAAUGGACUCAUCUUGUCAAUGAAGAUACAACUGACUGGAACAACCCUUGGACCUACAAUGACCCUCUUCGGGCGAAAUACAACGCGAAAAUGGCUGGAAUGAACUCGCCGAUAGUGAAACCGAAAGGAAGCAAGAAGUUGAAGGAUUGGGAAUCUCGUUGAGUUUUAACGACACGGUUAGAAAGCCUCACCUAUUAUUCCCUCUCUUAUCAUUCAACUAAAGAAGUGCUUGCUUAAUAUGGGGGUAGUUUUAGUUAGAUACUUGGAUUCUCAGUUUUUCUUCUGUUUCAAAAUAGAGAUGUACCUGGCUUUUUGUACGUUCAUGUAAUAUGGUUGUUAAUUCCUCUUAUGGCAUUUUGGUUGCUAUAUCUCAUUAGAAACCAGAUUUUAUUUACAGCCCCCUUUUACUCUA